UAAGGGAUGCUGUGAACAAUUUAUCUUUACCAAGCAACAUCACGAAUGACACUGUGCUGACAAGCUUAAAUUUGACCACAGGAUGCUAUGCAACAUUAACUGGACAACAGCUUUGUCAGUGUGAGGAACAGUUUGCAUGGCCAUGUGACUUCUGUGACACUUUUGGUGCAUGUAGCGAUGACAAUCCAGAAACCUGCGACUGCAUAAAUGCCAUUCCUCACAUUGAUCAAUACUGUGAGCCAAUCUCACUUAUCCCCCCAUGUCCACUACCACCACAACCAAUAGAAGCAUCAGUGGACAUUGUCCUCACAGUGUUUGAUCCAAAUAACGCGGACACAUCAGAGUUGUUUGAUCAGCUGAGGGUUGCUGUGAACAGUUUAUCUUUACCAAGCAACAUCACGAAUGACACCGUGCUGACAAGUUUACAAUUGACGACAACCUGUUUCCUGAGUUCUCUCGGAGAACAGCAGUGUCUGUGUGAGGAACAGUAUAUAUGGCCUUGUGAAUUCUGUGAAACAUUUCAAGCAUGCAGCGAUACCAGUCCACUAACCUGCACCUGCAUAAAUGGAUUUCCUCCAAAUGGGCAAUUUUGUGACUUAGACACAAAUAACACUCAAUGUCCACCUCCUACUACUCCAAUAACCACUGUUACCCCUACAAGUCCUUUAACGCCCCUUCAGCCAGACGUCAGGUCAUUGUCAGUCAUCAUGGACAUUGAGUUUGAUCCACUGUUCAACGACGUAACCAAUCCUGUUUACGUGACGUUUUCCAAUGUCAUAAAUACACAAGCUGAAAUUCACAUUCCAGAAUUUUUGUCAGCAGAGAUAACUAGCUUCAGCCCUGGUAGUACCAUAGGUAACUUUGACAUUACUUCAAGUAGCACAAUUCAAGACCCGGAUGUUGAGGCGCUUCUGGCAGCAAUAUUAAAUUCCCUUCGGAACUCGUUUCCUGUGGUGUUUGAAAGCCCUGUUGCCUUAGAUUUUCAACCACCUGUAGUAUUUAAUGGGCAGACUCUGGUUGUGACGUCUGGGCCACCACCAGGCGAGCUACAGUUUCUUGUGACAUCGGUAGAGUGGCGGCGUGAUAAUGUUCUAAUCGUAGAAGACGAACAACACAUCAUUUCACAAGAUGAAGGAGUGGCAACACUUACUAUUAUGAAUUACUUUUUCACUAACAAUGGACUCUAUGAAUGUGAGCUGCUUGGCCCAAAUUUUACUUUCCGGCAGCGUUCUAAUGGAGAAUUCACGCUUCUUGAAACACCCAUAAUAUGGGUACGUCCGCUCUUAACGAGUACCAUGUGUGAGGUCGGGCAGCAAGUGUCACUGGAGUGCUCAGUCCAGAGCCCCUUCCAGGUGGAGUUUCCAGCUAUACCAAAUGCAGGCAUAGGUUCUACAAUCCAAAAUCAGCUGACAAUCACAGACUGCAGUAUUACAGAACUGAUGGUGAUUUGUCAAGUGAAUAACUUCAAUGAAUUUAGACAAGAGAUAAGAGUGAUGUUGUUCACAGAUGUUGUAUUCACGUGUGUUGAUGAUCCUGAUUUUGGAAGCGGAUUUUUAAAUGACACGGGCAGAGCUUCUUGUAGAGCUGGUGAUGUGGGAGAGGUGACAGCCAUUUGCAGGGAAAGUGGGGAUUGGGAAGAUCGACAAGACAACUGCAUCAACGGGAGGAUUGUGCCCCUACUCAUUCAAUCAAUGUUUUUGACUGAGGCGGAUUUGCCUGAAUUCCUGGACGCACUCAGCCAAAACACUCUGGAUCUAAGUCUGGAAGUGGCUGGCUCUCCUAACAACAUUGUGGCCAUUGUUUCAAUUCUCGACAAUGUAGGAAUCUUUGUAACAGAAUCUUCCAUUGACAUAAGUCAGGAAUCUAUGGAGGAUGUCCUAUUAACUGUAGGUGUACUCACCAUAAAUGAGGCAAGGCCAUCGUGGGACUUUCUGAACAUUCGAGCGGUCACGGAGAUCCUGGGACCAAGAAUUGUCAGACCCAGAAAUGAAAGUGUCAGCUCCUUAUUAUUGUUUUCCCUGGAGUUGAUAACAAGCAGGCUCAUAAAUGCCUCUUUUUCCAUUGAAACCCCUUUGAUUCUCUUGAACAAAACAACAUUCACCAACAGUUUCAUUGGGGAUUUUAAUUCUACAGUGGAGAUAGACAUACCAGACACUGAUGCGACCACAAACCUAACAGUGAUAACCUUUGAAUCCAUGGAUAAUGUACUUCCUCCAAGAGAUGAGAACAACUCUACAGACAGGGCCAUUAACGGAAGAGUGGUACUCCUGCAGUCUAGUACCAUAGUUGACAAUAUCACAUUUGUUUUUGACAUUAUCAAUGAGACUCUAACGACGCCUCAGUGUGUGUUCUGGAACUUUAGUCUCUUUGAAGGUCUUGGAGGAUGGGACGAUGAAGGAUGCGAAUUGGUUGUAAGAGAAAACGAAACUGUCACAUGUCGAUGCGACCACCUGACCUCAUUCUCAAUGCUCAUGUCACCCUUUGUUCCAAGAAACCGUGUGUUGGAUUUCAUAACCUUCAUUGGCGUUGCUAUUUCCAUGGCAUCCUUAGUCAUAUGCCUCAUUAUCGAAGCGGCCAUAUGGAAAAAAAUCAAAAGAAGCUCCACUUCGUACCUGCGCCACGUUUCUAUUGUUAACAUUGCAGUGUCGCUCCUGAUUGCAAACAUCUGGUUCAUAAUUGGCUCUUCUAUCUCCGAGGGAGAGAUGAGGAAUCCAAGGGCCUGCACUGCUGUUACCUUUUUCAUCCAUUUGUUCUACCUAGCCCUUUUUUUCUGGAUGUUUGCUUCAGCCCUGUUGUUGUUUUACCGCACAGUCAGCGUCUUUGAGGGACUUUCGAAAAGAGCUAUGAUGGCCAUUGGAUUCUCUCUUGGCUAUGGGGCCCCACUGCUGAUCGCGAUCAUUACUAUAGCUGUAACUGCACCAGAAAAUACUUACAUCCAGGAAACUGUGGUUUGCUGGCUCAACUGGAACCAGUCCAGAGCUCUGCUGGCGUUUGUGGUUCCGGCACUGCUUAUAGUGUUCAUAAACCUUGUGAUCCUAAUUGUGGUGAUUGUAAAAAUACUGCAGAGUCGGGGGAUGACACACACAGCACAACAGGAUGACAAGUACGAUCUGGUGGUAAUUGUUCGGAGUUUGGCCGCCCUCACACCCUUUUUUGGAAUAACUUGGAGUCUUGGAGUUGGAACCCUUGUUAACCCACGUAAUCUUGGAAUCCACAUUGCCUUUGCAUUCUUCAAUUCUCUGCAGGGCUUCUUCAUAUUAGUGUUUGGAACGCUGCUAGACAAAAAGGUGCGGUCAGAAAUUUCGCUCAAGUCUCUGUCUUCUGGAACAAGGACCACCAGUGCAAACUCGUCAAGUGGAUGGCAGUUUUUCAGGAACCUGCGGAAAAGAGGUGGCAACAAUGUUUCAUCGAAUGACUCUGGAUUUGUGUCAUCUAAUCGCACUCAAUCUGCAUCCGGGUCUGGGCCUGUGUCACAUAAUGACUCUGGAUUGGGGUCUGACGUUGGGGUCUGACGUCACCAAUACUUGAUCACUGGCCGUGCUGACCAAGCAACAAACUGUUUCAAAAUAUUGUGUCAAUGCUGAGACCCAAAUUUUGUUACUACUGCACUAUUUUUCUCCAUAUUGUCUCACUUGUGACCAUAUGAUGACUGAGUGGUUAGCAUGCUGGCCUCAGAUUGAGGGUUGGAAUCUCCGUUUGGGUAUCUCUGUGUUGAGUUAGCAUGUUGUCCAAAUUGCCCGUAGGUGUGAAUGGGAGUGUGACUGGUUGUGUGUCUAAAUGUGUGUAAAAUUAUUUGUUCUGGCUCAAUCUGUCACAAUCGUGAGACCUUUAUUAACUGUACAGAUGUUUUUUCUUUUCCACCACAAUUCCAAACAUUGUAGUGAUGGGAAGUUCAGGUAUUUUAGAGAAAUUUUAGCUCGGCUCUCGAAAAAGGAGCCAGUACUUCAGGCUCCUAAAUAGGUUAAGUAAGUUGAUUCCUUACCAAAAGACGUGUAAAACAAAUUUCUUAUUAAAAAAAUAGAAUUACAGUGGCUACCUUGGUUAGCGUCCGCUCCGGUUAGCAUGUUUUUCAGUUAACGUUGACAAUUUAUGCCAAUGUUUUGCCUCGGUUUGCGUACAUUUUCCAGUUAGCGUACAAUAUGACUUGUUGUGUUAUUGAUACACUGUGUCAGUCCAAUGUAUUUUUAUCACAAAGCGUCCUUGUUAGCAUCCUUAGCUUGCUAACAAAAUGACAACCAGAAGUCAGCUAUGUCGCCCGUCUAUGAAGUCAUUAGCGGUUGACUCUCAAAAAUGUUUUUAUAGUUUUCCAGUUAUAGUUUUACAUGCAUAAACCAUUCUAAAUGCAUAAAAAUGAUGAAGGAAAGGGAGAAAUGAACAUUUAAGGUUACUUUUACCUUUAUAGAAGACAUGACUGUUUCCAAAGACACGAUGUGGCAGCAAGGUCAACAACUCACUGUCAUGAGUUAUUCACUGAAUUCAACAGUGCUCUCACCUUCUUUACCAAAAUGCUGGAGAAGGCGUUGAUCUUGCUGCCACAUCGUGUCUUUGGGAACUGUCACGUCAAGAAGCACGUCUUCAAUGAAGGUAAAAGCGACCUUAAAUGUUCAUUUAUCAUUAUUUAUAUGUAUUCAUAUGCAUUUUGAAUUGUGUUCUGUUUAUUUAAGGCUUUAUUUAUAUGCUCACCAUGGAACGAAUUGCAACAAAAAGUAAUUAUAUAGCAAAAAAACAAAGACCCACAUCAAUUAGACAAAAAGGUCCUGAUUGUGUUUUGUAAAUCUCCAACUAUUUACAGUGAAACAACAAAACAUCAGCAUCAGCAAAGCAUUACAGGUCGGUAGCCUGUGUAAUGCGUUGUAAACUAAGGAUAAUAGUGUAAAAGUGAUUAUGGGGUGUUAUUUCAUGUCUACAGGACUCUAAAAAUUUGAUUUAGAAAGUCAUAAACAGUUCUUUCUAUGCUCUAACUAUGUCAUUUCUUAAUAUUGAAUCCUAUUUCCUAAUUCACUUACCUAGUCGGGUCUGGAACGAAUUAACCGCGAUAAACAAGGGACGUAUUCCUACGUUUUUGUGGGUAGUGUAAGCUUCAUUGGUUUGCACUGUUAACUAAUUGAUACAAGCCAUCGCCGGCUGUGAAACAUCACUUUUGUUAAUGAUCUGCGUCAUUCAAGAAGUUUGAUGUACUUGCACUGUAUCUCCAUUACCUGGUGAAUGAGGCACUUUAUGUGUAUAAUAGAUUUGUGAGAAUUCUAUGUGUUUCGUGGAAGUAUUUUGCCCAGUUUGUACAGUAGCACUUGCAACGAAUGGAAUGAUGUCAUUUAUGAAAUUAAUGUCAUUUGAUGCGAUUUGGAUGUUUCAUGGCCAACAAAGCUAAACACUCCAAAGCAUAUUGAAGAUCCAUUUUUCAUUUGAAUGAAUUUGUCUUUCAUAAAUAUAUUCAUAAUAAUAUGCUAUAUUGUUUUCGUUGAUGUAUAAUUGAUGACACAUGAUAUGUUUUGUGUUGUUUCUGUUUACACUUCUUUGUGUUAUUUAAAUGAUGUGCAUGUGUGUUAGUGAAACUGUGCUGCCAAGCAGAUUUCGAAAUGUUUAAGCCUAAUUUAAGGCAAUAAUUUCAUGAUAAAGGUCAAAUGUAUUUGGACGAUUUAAGUGCAGGUAAACCCUUACAAUGUCUACGAUUUGUGCUCAGAAAUGGCUUUGUCCUCAAG